AUGCUUAUCGAACGUCUGUUCGUCAAGGAGCAACAAGAUUCCCGCCCGAUGUCUUCUCCGUGGUUCAGCAGCGGCAGCUGUCAAAGGUGGCAGCAGCGGGAUGCUCCUGCCAGCCGUGCCCCUAACCAGUAUCUAUAUCCAUGGUUUCCCCCAGCUCUCGGUCCUUCCCCUCCUUUCCAAACCAUCAAACACACACUCACCAUUUGCACAAUGAUAUCCAUCCUCGCCAUCGUCGCCAGCGCGCUGGCCUUCUCAAGCGUGGCCUACAGCGCCCCCGCUGAACUCGCCCCCUCCAAUGGCACCGCCACGGUCUCAAACUACACUGUAUACUACGAGUGUAACCCAUCCAACCUGAAGUGGGCCGAAAUCAAGAACAUCCAGAUCGGCCGCGAUUAUCUAAACGGGCUCCCGGGCAAGGCUAAAAUCGCCGGAGGCAAGCACUGCGACCGCGUCAGCUGCUCGUAUAACUCGGCCAUUUUCUACUGCAACGACGAUGAUAACGAGAAGGAGGUCGAGUGGGAGAGGCUCGCCGAAUUCACCUCACUGCUUCUUGACAAGUGUGGUGAUAAGAGCGUGGUGAAGGGCAGGGUGUUCGACAGGCCUAACUGGCAUACUGAGGUUCAGGGUGAAGCUUGCUAAGGGUGGCUGGGUGAAGUGGUUGGGUGUUAAGUAACACAGGGACGAGCAUAGAGUUGUAGUUUCGCGCGGAGCCGCAACUGAAUGCAUUUGCGCUGGUUUAGCACGGUUUCUUCAGAGUUGUAUUUUAUUACAAGAACUGUGAUUGUCCAUUUCGUGUCGUG